AAAUUACACCAAAGGGCAAGAAUAACAUUCAUCACUAAAACUUGCCUAAACAAUUUGUAUCCUCCUUAUCCAAAAUGCACUCAAACUAGUACUGCAAACCAUGACCACCAUUUUGAAUCCCACCAUCACUUUACUCCAAACCAAGAUCAAAAAAUCACCACCCUACACCCACCACCAAUCCCAUAAUUCGUCGGCAAUUCGAUCAUUGCUCUCCGAUGAUGAUGAAAACCAAACUCAACGGCGAAAAUUUAUGGUCACAACAUUGCUAGGAGGGUUGAGCAUUAAUGCUGCUUGUUUACCAUUGAAAGCACAAGCUGAGGAAAUGAAAUGGGGCACCCGUUCUUUUAUUUGGGAGCGGUUUUUCGAGCCCGGUUUAUCACCAGAGGACGCGGUGGCUAGGAUUAAGAAUACAGCUGAGGGGCUUCAUAGCUUAAGGCAUAUGUUGGAGACCAUGUCAUGGAGGUAUGUUAUAUUUUACAUAAGGCUAAAAGAGGCUUAUUUGAAGCAGGAUAUGAAGAGUGCUAUGGUUAUGGUUCCUGAAGGAAGAAGAGAUGAUUAUGUUAAUGCUGCUAAUGAGUUAGUUGAUAAUAUGGCUGAGUUUGAUUACUAUGUCCGAACACCUAAAGUAUACGAAUCAUAUGUAUUCUAUGAGAAGACAUUGAAAUCAAUAGACAAUCUCUUGGGAUUCUUGGCAUAAGCUCCUCACAAGACAGAGGACUCUGUUUGAACUCCGCCAUAAUUUCUGCAGCAUAAAAUCAGUACAUAUGAUAGUUGUUGUAAUAUUGAAUAUUAUUUGGCCUGACUUUUUUCGCUGAAUAACGUUCUAUUUAGCUUGUUUUCCAA